AGGAAGCAUUUGGGCAAAGGACCCAGAAAUCCCCCAUGGCAACUAUUAUUACCCCACCUCUUUCUCUCCCACGUCACACCAACCUCCCAAACUCUACCUCCCCAACCGUCGAUGACGACCGGUAUUUCGCAAACCACCCGAUAGUUUUACUCAUCAGCCAAUGCACAAGUUUAAAGAGCCUAAAGCAAGUCCAUGCUCAAAUGCUCCGUAGCGGCAUCUUCUUCGACCCUUUCUCUGCCAGUAAGCUCAUCACAGCGAGUGCCUUAUCAUCGUUCUCAAGCCUCGACUACGCUCGCCAAGUAUUCGAUCAAAUUCCCCAACCGAAUCUCUACACUUGGAACACCCUCAUUCGCGCUUACGCGUCCAGCCCCGACCCUACUCAGAGCCUCUUACUCUUUCUGCAAAUGCUUCUUCAAUGUGAACAUCUCCCGGAUAAAUUUACUUUUCCUUUCUUACUCAAGGCAGCUUCGGAGCUUAAAGCUUUUCAGGUUGGCAGAGUGUUUCAUGGGAUGGUGAUUAAAGCAUCCCUAAGUUUGGAUAUCUUUGUUCUCAAUUCGCUCGUGCAUUUUUAUGGUUCGUGUGGGAAUUUGGAUUUGGCUUAUGGGGUGUUUGUAAAGAUUCCACGGAAAGAUGUUGUUUCUUGGAAUUCUAUCAUCAUGGGUUUUGCCCGAGGAGGUUAUCCCGAAGAGGCACUGGACGUAUUUAGGAGAAUGGAGAAGGAGAAUGUGAAGCCAAAUGAUGUGACGAUGGUGGGUAUCCUGUCGGCUUGUGCGAAGAAGUUGGAUUUGGAGUUUGGGAGAUGGGUGUGUUCGUAUAUUGAAAAGAAUGAGAUUAGUGUGAGCUUGACUUUGAGUAAUGCAAUACUUGAUAUGUAUAUGAAAUGUGGAAGUGUUGAAGAGGCAAAAAAAUGGUUUGAUGGGAUGCAAGAGAGAGAUAUUUUCACUUGGACAACUAUACUUGAUGGAUAUGCUAAGUUAGGGGAAUAUGACGAGGCUCGGCGUGUUUUUGAUGCAAUGCCUUGUCAAGAUAUUGCUGCAUGGAAUGCUCUCAUUUCUGCUUAUGAACAGAAUAGUAAGCCAAAGGAGGCUUUGGCUAUUUUCCGCGAAUUACAGCUCAGAAAGGAUGCAAAACCAGAUGAGGUUACUCUUGUGUGUGCUCUGUCUGCUUCUGCUCAGUUGGGAGCCAUGGAUUUAGGGAGGUGGAUCCACGUGUAUAUAAAGAAGCGGGGGAUUAAGUUAAAUUGUCAUCUCACGACCUCACUCAUUGACAUGUAUUCUAAGGGUGGGGAUCUAGAGGAGGCACUCGAGGUAUUCUAUUCAGCGGAAAGCAAAGAUGUGUUUGUUUGGAGUGCCAUGAUUGCUGGUCUGGCAAUGCAUGGGCAUGGGAGAGCUGCAAUAGAUUUGUUCUCGAAAAUGUUAGAAGCGAAGGUCCAGCCCAAUGCUGUGACUUUUACCAAUGUGUUAUGCGCCUGUAGCCACACAGGAUUAGUAAAUGAGGGACGAACCUUAUUCUAUCAAAUGCAGUCUGUUCAUGGGGUUGUGCCUGGAGAAAAGCACUAUGCUUGCAUGGUUGAUAUUCUUGGCCGGUCAGGCCUUCUGGAUGAAGCAGUCGAACUGAUAGAAAAAAUGCCCAUAGCUCGUACUGCUUCUGUAUGGGGGGCUCUGCUUGGGGCCUGUAGACUUCAUGGGAAUCUUGAGCUUGCUGAAAAGGCUUGUAGCAAUCUGCUUGAGUUGGACCCUAGAAAUCAUGGAGCCUAUGUGCUUUUAUCAAACAUUUAUGCUAAAAUAGGGAAGUGGGAUAGAGUUUCAGGGUUAAGGAAGGUCAUGAGAGAUUCUGGUCUAAAGAAAGAACCUGGUUGUAGCUCAAUCGAGGUCAACGGUAUUGUUCAUGAGUUUCUGGCAAGUGAUAGUUCUCAUCCAUUAUCCAUGGAAAUCUACUCUAAGUUGGAUGAGGUUUCAGCAAGAUUGAAAUCAAUUGGUUAUGUACCAAACAAGUCUUACCUUCUGCAAUUAGUUGAAGAAGAAGACAUGAAGGAGCAGGCCCUAAACCUUCAUAGUGAGAAGUUAGCAAUUGCCUUUGGGCUUAUUACUAUGGUCCCAUCUCAACCAAUUCGGAUUGUGAAGAAUCUCCGUAUUUGUGGGGACUGCCACUCAGUUGCUAAGCUCAUAUCUAGGCUUUACGGUAGAGAGAUACUUCUGAGAGAUCGUUAUCGAUUUCACCAUUUUAGAGAAGGGUAUUGCUCAUGUAUGGAUUAUUGGUGAAUAUGGAAAGCAUUCGCUGUGAAGAUCUCAUCUCAUACUCUUGAAGU